AUGAGCAUCGAGAUACCUGCUGGCUUGACGGAUUUGCUGCAAGGAUACACUGUGGAGGUACUACGGCGCCGACCGCCAGAUUUGGUUGAAUUCGCAAUCCAAUAUUUCACGCGUCUACAAGACAGCCGAAAACACGACAGACAUGUCAAAGAAAGCCUAGCCGAUUCUACACGGGAAGGGGUGGCUUUUGAUAGUAUUUCAGUUGAAUCAAAUGAAGAUGAAGACUCUGAUGAUGCCUAUAUGCCCCCCUCCAACCCUAAUAAAUACAGUCGCAGAGCAUCUGUCUGUGCAGAGGCCUAUAACCCAGAUGAUGAUGAGGAUGAGGACUUUGAGCCGCGGGUGGUACACUCCAAAUCAGACGAGCAGCGUCGCAGACUCCAGGACGCCUGCCGAGACAUUCUACUGUUCAAAACUCUCGACCAGGAGCAGUUCUCAGAGGUUCUGGAUGGCAUGUUUGAGGUGUUGGUCAAACCACAGGAGCACAUCAUAAACCAGGGGGAGGAUGGAGACAACUUCUAUGUCAUAGAGCGGGGUGUGUAUGACAUUAUUGUGCUGAUUGAUGGAGUUGGAAAGUGUGUGGGAAAGUAUGACAAUAAGGGCAGUUUCGGGGAGCUGGCUCUCAUGUACAACACCCCGCGCGCUGCCACUAUCAUGGCCACCCAGGAGGGGGCACUGUGGGGACUGGAUCGGGCCACAUUCCAUAGACUCAUAGUGAAGAACAAUGCCAAGAAGAGGAAGAUGUACGAAGCCUUCAUUGAGUGUGUACCCGUUCUAAAGUCUCUCGAGCUCUCUGAGAGGAUGAAGAUUGUUGAUGUCGUGGGAAUGAGAGCGUUCAAAGAUGAGGAGUGCAUCAUAACACAGGGGGAGAAGGCAGAUUGUUUCUACAUCGUGGAGUCGGGCCAGGUGAAGAUCAUGAUAAUAAGCAAAACUAAAGCAGGACAGCUGGACAAUGCAGAGGUGGAGAUUGCACGCUGCUCUAGAGGCCAAUACUUCGGAGAGCUGGCUCUGGUCACCAACAAACCACGUGCAGCAUCCGUCUAUGCUGUAGGGGACACCAAGUGCUUGGUAAUAGAUAUUCAGGCGUUUGAGCGUUUGCUGGGUUCCUGUAAGGCGAUUAUGAAGAGGAACAUUUCCCAAUACGAGAACCAGCUGGUAGCUCUGUUUGGUUCUAGUGUAGAUUUGAAACAUUAA